AUCCAAUCGGAGACGCGGUGGGGGGGAUAUCCUGCUGUCGGACACCCCCUCCGCCAGAGGUGCCCCUUCAAAAUAACCUGGCGAGGCCGGGGCCGGCGUGUGUGUGAGCGGGACAGGGCAGGGGGCGGCUUGUACCGCCGGGGCUGCACAGCAAUAAGGGGGGUCCCGGUGGGCGCCGCGGGAUGUUCCCAGCAGCCCUGCAGGGAUAGCGGGAGCGCAGCAGCCCCCUCAGGCAGCCGGAGAGAAGCCGCCGCUGCCCCUUCUCGUGGGGAGGGGCUGUCGCCUGUCCCCUCGCCCCGGCUGCCUGCGGCUGCGGGAGCCCGCGGGGAUGACGCUGAGUGAGAAGCUGGAGACGCAGGGAGUUGCGGGCGCUCCCGACGCGUCUGCUACCCUCUUGCCCUGGCCGGCGCUGCGGGAGCCGCAGGGCGCCCAGGCGGCGGCCGGGGAGCCGAGGCAAGAGAACCGAGAGGGGUGUCCAGGCGGCCAGUCCGCUCUGCUGAUGGCGGGUGCCCCGGAGGAGCAGCACGGGGCCGAGCCCCCCGAGGGCGGCUGGGGCUGGGUGGUGAUGCUGGCCGCCAUGUGGUGCAACGGUGCGGUGUUCGGCAUCCAGAACUCGUGCGGCGUCCUCUUCGUCUCCAUGCUGAGCGAGUUCGGCUCGCAGGACGACAAGCAGAUGGUGUUCAAGACAGCCUGGGUGAGUUCCCUGUCCAUGGGAAUGAUUUUCUUCUGCUCUCCUGUCGUCAGUGUAUUCACAGACAUAUUUGGUUGUCGAAUAAUAGCCAUUGUUGGAGCUGCAGUGGGGUUUGUUGGACUUCUUUUAAGUUCUUUUGUAAGCACCAUUGAACCUCUGUAUUUCACCUAUGGAAUCUUAUUUGCCUGUGGUUGUUCAUUUGCAUACCAGCCAUCCUUGGUCAUUCUGGGGCAAUAUUUCAGGAAGCGUCUUGGACUAGUGAAUGGCAUCGUCACUGCCGGAAGCAGCUUGUUCACUGUGUCACUGCCUUUCCUUUUAAGAGUGUUGAUUGAUUCAGUUGGCCUGUACAACACUUUAAGGGUCCUGUGCAUCCUUAUGUUUGUUCUUUUCCUGGCCGGCUUCACUUACAAACCCCUCAUUUCCAGUGCAAGUGACAAAGAGGGUGGAAAGAAGGGCAUGUUGAGAUUUCCUCCUGUAAAGAAGAUUUUCAGUUUCUCCGUUUUCAAGGUUAUGGGUUAUCGAAUCUGGGCUUUUGGAAUCCCUGCUGCACUUUUUGGAUACUUUGUGCCUUAUGUUCACUUGAUGAAACAUGUAAAAGAGAGGCUUGGUGAAAAUGUACAAGAAGAGGUGCUUCUGCUGUGUCUUGGUAUCACUUCAGGAGUUGGCCGAUUGAUCUUCGGCAGAGUUGCAGAUUAUAUUCCUGGUGCAAAAAAAGUUUAUUUACAGGUGAUAUCAUUCUUCUUAAUUGGCCUGAUGUCCAUGAUGAUUCCACUGUGCAAUUCCUUGGGAAGUCUCAUUGCUGUCUGCCUCUUCAUGGGUCUGUUUGAUGGCUGCUUCAUUUGUAUCAUGGCUCCUAUUGCCUUUGAGCUAGUUGGUGCACAGGAUGUCUCCCAGGCCAUAGGAUUCCUGUUAGGACUCAUGUCAGUACCUAUGAUAGUUGGUCCACCCAUUGCAGGUAUACUGCGUGACUACCUAGGUACUUAUGAUGUAGCAUUUUACCUGGCUGGAGUUCCCCCCAUGAUUGGAGGAAUUAUAUUAUCUUUCAUCCCAUGGGUUCACGAAAAGAAGAAGCCAAAAGAGAAAGAAAAAGCUGUUGAUGAAGAAACAACUAAGAAAAUGUUGGAAAAUGAAAGCACUUCAGCCUCAGGCACAGCAGAAAAGCCCAGAUUUGACUCUUCAAAAAACAACAACAAAGACAUCUUUAAGGGAUACAUUUUAAGUGUGCAAUAAGAUAAUUGUUCAUACCAAUAAAUGGAAAUAUAUUAUACAUAAGAGCUAUUAAAGCAACAUUAAACAAAUUGGGAAGAGAUUUUGCACUAA